UCUACCUAUAGUUUCGGACAGUUGAUCACAUUGUUAAUAGCAACAAAAUAAUUAUAACACUGUUUUUCUUGUAUUUCAGUGAGCAUAUAUAGGCCAAUUGUAUUUUUACACCUAUAUCUCGUUGUUUUUAUUUAUGGUAUGUACAGUGACUUUGUAAAGUGUAACAAAGGAACUAUUUCAUUUAAAUGUAAAAAUAAACAAUAGAAAAACAUGCGUAUAUUAAUAUAGUCAUGAAGUCUAACUUAUUUGAGGCACAGUUUUUUUAUUACACAGGGUUUUUGACUUUGAUGUGAUGUGGAAAAUGGAAGUUUGGCAUUCAGUCUAAGAAGAGAUUAUUGAAACAAAUUAAGCUUUCGCUGUUUAAAUUGACACUGUAAUCCAUCAUUGGAGAAUCGAACUCUGUGCUCUAUCAUGAUUCUGCUGGCUUCUUAGAUUGGUCCUUAGGGCAAACAGAAAUAGACAGGGAGAAGGUAACCUGCACCAAUUGAAUGAAUCAAUCACACAGACACACACGCACACACUUACAACUAAAGGUGUUUUGAUAAGAAUUUAAUUGUCAAUAAUGUGAUAUAUAUAUAUAUAUAUAUAUAUACCAUGAGAUUACAUUUUUUAGGGACUUUUUUUUUUAAAUCGCCAUUAUAGAUAUCAGAGCCUCCCGUUUAAAUCUGUGACCCUUCCAAUAAUGCCUUAAUCUUGAUAUUUAGUCCUGACUUGUAAAACCAAAAACACUCUGAGAAAUACUUAUAUAUAUAUAUAUAUAUAUUUCUCGGUAGCUGAAUAAAGUGACCAUAUGCAUAGUAAGUACCAAAAAUUAAAUGUUUGUGUUAAUGUCACAUUGCCAUACCAUGCAUACGACUCACCCAACAGAAUACAAAUAACAAUAAACACUUCAAAAUAUUUUUAAUAAUCAUAUACUGCCUGUUAAAGAUUGGCUGCAUUUGGCAAACAAUUUGCAUAAUCCCUUAUCACAUACUGCGGGUGCAAUAUAUCAGAUUAAUGACAGAAGAGCAAAACGUAGUUUUGAAUUAUGUUUUACACCAAAAGUGUAUGACACUUUACCUGUAUGGUUACAUUAUGCCUCUUUUAUAUUGCUGCCAUACCUGUGGAUCCUCUGACUCUGUAGUAUAUUUAAGGUAACACUUUAUUUUACAGUGUCCUUGUUACGCGUAAUUAGUAAUUACUAAUUACUAAAAAUUAUUCAAAACUAACCCUAAACCAAACUUAAUCCUAUCUCUAACCCUAUAGUAAGCACAUGUAAUUAAUGUUACUUGGUACUUAAAUGUAUAAUUACACUGUAAUAAGCACACCUUAAAAUAAAGUGUAACCGUUAAUUUUACUACAACACUUUGUGUAACAGGACGAGUAUCACUUCAGUCUAGCUGCAGUCUGGUACUAUUACUAAACUAUAAGAAACAAUAAAAGGACAUUGAAAGAUUUCCCACACCAUAUUGAAGUCUAUGCUAUAUGGGCGUAGGCUAUACUUCCAUAAGAUCUUUAUUUCAUGAACCGUGGCAACUAUUGGUCCAUAUUCUUGUCUUAAAGAGUGAAAUACAUAUGGAGAACUUGUUGUCCUGUGAAGAAGCAGUAAGUCCUAUGAAUUCCCAGGGCAAUGGUGUUGUUUUAAGACUGAAGGUAAUGCUGAACAAAUUACACCAUAUUUGGGCACAGAGCCAGGCUUCUGUAGAGAAUAAAACCAUAAUCCUAUUCAAUUUGCCCGUAACCGAUAUGAGAUUUUCUUCAAUGAGUUAGAAGAAUAUGUCAAGGGGAGUUUUUUAGAUCUUUUUAGAUGACAAACAAUAAAAACGGCAGGAUUGCGUGAGAAAAUACUUCAAAAGUUUUCUGUAUUAUUUUGGAUUAAUUUAUUGAGAAUAAUCAGAUUUUAAACAUGAUGAAGUGUCUUUCUCCCUUUUAAGUAGUAAAAUUAGCACAUGUGCAGGUGGAACUGAGCAGUAAACUAUAGUGCCAGUGGGCAUAAUUUGUAUUUGCUUAAUUGAAAGUUCAGACCACAUCCACAUAUUAGAAACAUAUUUACUUUAUGAAAACAUUCUAUGCUGUAAAGUCUUGGUGAGGCUGGUGUAUUAAAAGAGCUUUCAAAUUAUGUUGCCUCUACUUAAUUAGUUUACAAUAAAAUAAAAUAAAUAAAAUGUUUAGUAGCAUUAUGAAUAUUUUUGUUGAUACCCUCAUGUUUAAGGUACUAAUAGCCAAUUAGAAAUAUUAUUACAAAUUUCAAAGCAAGAAAUGUAAAUGUACACACAUUGUAUUACAAGCGUAAUCAGUCUGAAAAUAAAUGGAUAAUGCUUUCUUUACAUCUAAUAAAAUAAAAAAAACCCGGCUAAUUUGCAAUCGCUAUUGCUGUAUUUGCCAAACGAAAAGUAAUUGCUAAUUACUGCGAAAUAUCAGAAAUUGCUUCACCGUCACAACAGAUGUGCUAUAUAGACUGCAACCACACCAGCUGACAGGUCUAUUACUUGCUCGUUUGGACACGUUUUAAACCGCAGCGUCUGAUCCAGUGGUUUUCAAUCCUUCAUAAGAGAGACGUACAAAAUGUGCAGUGCUGUGGGUUCCCAGGACCACGGAUGAAAACCACUGAUCUGAACUCAAACACAGGCAUGCAAACAAAAAUUCUUCAGUAUAGCGAUGAUGAUGAUGAUGAUGAUGAUGAUGAUGGGCUAAUAAUAAUAAAUAAUAAUAAAAGUAGUUAACUAAAUUAGUGUUAGGCGUCUUGGUGUAAUAUGAUAAAUCGCGUAGCCUAAAUAUGUCAGCUCUUCAUUAGCAUGAUGCAUCCAAUUACCUAUAAUAUAGGAUUUGUGAGAUGCAAUUGCACUUUUUGUUACGUUUUCGGUAAUAAUUAGAUAUUUCAGAAGGUAAAUUAUAUUUAUGCAUUUGUGACUUCUGAUCAUCCGCCUUAAUCAGUCUCCUCAUGUUGAUUAGCCUGGUUAACCUUUUGCUCCGUACUGGGUCCGCAAGGGUUAAUCAGGCCGGGAUCUCAGUGACCCGAGGGUCAGAUUCCCUCUAUCUCAUGCUUGAAGGAUACGGUGGAGGCAGCGAUAAGAUUAGGGUGAACUUUCCUCUUUCAAACCAUCAAAGCGCAAUAGACACCUGCGCCUAAACCUGCGCUCGCAACGCUUUUGAGAAUUACCAUGUCUUGUCCGUGACUUAAUAUGAGCAAAAUAAAUGUAGGCUACUGUGAGUGUUAAAUAAAAGCUAUAAGUGAAAAUUGUAGCCUAUAUAUAUGGUAUAUUUAAUGUUCCAUAUAACAUUUUAUAUUUAUUUAAUCAAAUAGAGUUUAGCUGUUUCUUUUAAGGUUUAAUAUGUAGGCUAGUCGGCUGACGAGGUUUGCUGCGGUUUGGAUAGCCUAUGUGGCUUUGCUUAUUCAAUGUCUAUCGAUUUAAUCGCGUAUAACUCCUCUUACAGCAGUCACAUCUUACACACUCCUGUCCCAGCGUGCGUACUUUACUUUACAAACAAUAAUAAAGUGAUUUGCCCCUUUCUUCGAGUCCCAGCCAUGGAAAAUCGUUAAAGAUCCUGCUAUUUGUGUGUGAUCAGUAAAUAUUUAGUGUAGUGUCUCGUCCUAAUCGAUGGAGGUCCCGAUGGGGGAGCGCUAUUGUGUGUGUGGACGCUUGCUGAGCUCUGUGUGUGAGGACUCUUUCUUGUGCAGUGCGUUUUACAAUGAUAAAUGUAGCAGGGCGACUUUGGUUGCACUUUAGUGAUCAACAUCAGGUUGCUUGAAAACGGCUUUCGUCCGAAGUUCCUUCAGCACAUUCAGCACGGCUGUAUUUUUAUGCGCAAAGUGACUCAUUUCUACUCGGUUGCUAGUGGCUUUUGCUUUUAUUUGUGCUCCUUCAAAGGUGGAACAAACAACCUAGUGAAUAAAACUUUGUUUUUUGGUAUUAAUGAAAGUUACGUUGAUGAAAGUUUAAUUAGGCUAGUGUAGGUGUCAAAUUGAAGUCCUCCGUAUUAAGACUGUAGGCUAUAAUAUAGGUUCACUGUGUCUUUAUGGCGUUAUACGUUGGAAAGUAAAUCAUUGAGAUAUGAAAGCAUUCAUUCAUUCAUUCAUUCAUUCAUUCAUUCAUUCAUUGUUCGAUUAUCCAUUCAAUGGCUGUAUAUGACGUUCUGUUUAUUAGCUGCUAUACUCAGUCCUGAACCUUGACUCUCCAUUGUGUAUAGCUAGCUGACUUAGCAAAAUAGACAAUUAAAGCGCCCUGCAUACAUAACUCUUAAAACCUAUCAGACAUUGACUGAAUUACUUUACUUGAACCAUAAUUGUCUACUCUGUGGCAAUUUGACGUCACUCAUGAAUGCAGAGUUUAUAGACGUCUGACGACUGCAGAGUAUAUGCUAGUGUUUUCUGAAGUGCUGUUAGCUUUGUUUUUAUUCAGACGCCAGGGGUCUGAGUAUAAGUAUCAAACCCUUAUUGAUAUGAUGUUCUUAUGUGCAUUCUUGUAGACUUAUAAUCGUCUCUUCGUGAGCUUAAUGACAUAUUAAAACAAUAUUUUCAUAACAGUAAAGGUUUAUUGUGUCAAUUGUCGAAAUUCAUUGAUCUAAUAAAGUCCUCACUUUGGACUUAACCAUUGAAAAGACGACAAAGGCAUAUCACUGUUACUAGUUUGCACAUAAACAGACAGGUGUCUCUCCUGACUUCACCCCCUCCCUCUCGCAAUCACAGCCCACACAAAGCAGCUGCACUAAGGAGGCUUUUUACCUUCUGUGGAAAAGAAAAAGACGCACAGGAGCAUAUUCUGUCUUUUUUUCUUUUCUUUUAAAAAAAAAAAAAAAAAAAAUCUCUCUUCAAAGUCAUCAACACGACUGUCCUAUUAGGAUAUGUACUAAAUACUAACAUGUGAUUCAAGCGCCGCAGAAAAGUUUGAUUUUUCUUGUCGGUUUGUCUUUUUUUCCCUCCCUAAAGUUUUAGUAAUCAUUCAAAUAAAUAGAGAGCCGGAUUUUUGUGUAUAAAUCCGUCAGUGGAAAAGGAAACGGUGCUUCCACUAGCGUUAAUUCGAAAAGAAAGAGAAGACUAAGUUUAUUUUUCAUAUAGGAGAGGAUGCAUCACGGGGAAGACGAAUCAACAUCAUAUGCAUUUGCCGUGCAAAGGGGACGGAUGCCACCCACACAGCCACAUCAUGGUCAGUUCGCCUUGACAAAUGGGGACCCACUGCACUGCCAUUCCUACUUAUCCGGAUAUAUCUCUCUACUACUACGAGCGGAGCCCUACCCAACUUCUCGGUAUGGCAGUCAAUGCAUGCAGCCCAACAACAUCAUGGGCAUCGAGAACAUUUGUGAACUGGCAGCCAGGAUGCUGUUUAGUGCGGUAGAGUGGGCCAGGAAUAUUCCCUUCUUCCCAGACCUCCAAAUUACCGACCAGGUUGCCCUUUUGAGGUUGACCUGGAGUGAGUUGUUUGUGCUCAACGCUGCUCAAUGCUCCAUGCCGCUCCAUGUGGCUCCACUUCUGGCGGCGGCUGGGCUCCAUGCCUCCCCCAUGUCUGCGGACAGAGUGGUCGCCUUUAUGGACCACAUUAGGAUCUUCCAAGAACAAGUAGAAAAGCUCAAAGCUUUGCACGUUGACUCUGCUGAAUACAGUUGUUUAAAGGCCAUCGUUUUAUUCACUUCAGAUGCUUGUGGCCUGUCAGAUGUGGCCCAUGUGGAAAGUUUGCAAGAGAAGUCCCAGUGCGCUCUGGAGGAGUACGUUCGGAGCCAGUAUCCCAACCAGCCAACUCGAUUUGGGAAGUUAUUACUGCGCUUGCCCUCUCUCCGUACAGUCUCGUCUUCGGUCAUAGAGCAAUUAUUUUUCGUCCGAUUGGUAGGUAAAACCCCAAUUGAAACCCUCAUCAGGGAUAUGUUGCUGUCGGGGAGCAGUUUUAACUGGCCUUACAUGUCGAUUCAGUAGGCAGAAGGAAUGAUCAAAGGGGCUGUGACUACAAUAGUUAGCGCUUCUUUUGUAGAAGGAAACGGCUGUUACACGAGUUUACUUUCACGAAGAAAGACUUUCAUACAAUGACUGUGAAUUUUAAAAUUGAGACAUUCAGUGAAGCCUCGAAAUCCAGAGAUUGCUCCCUGUGUCAUUCUGAACAGUUUGUUCUAAUGUUUUUUUUGUUUGUUUGUUUGUUGUUUUUGUAAAAAAUAAAAUAAAAUAAAUACAAAAAUGAAGAAAUACAUAACCCACUAAAAUUAAUACAGAAGAAAAAAGAAAAUAAUUCAAGGAUUUUCACAAUCCUUUCUGGACAGCAAAACUAUAAAGUGCAUUUAAGCGACAAUUUGGAAAGAUUAAGGAAGAAGAAAAAAAGUUCUUUUUCUAAAUUGCUAUAUUGUCCUGUGUCCAUGUAUCUAUAGCUGUUUUUGUAAUUUUUUUGUUUCUCCUUUCUGGUUCCAAACCGGCCUACGUGAUUCUGUAGUAUGUUAUUUUGUUUUUUUGGUUUUUUUGUUUUUCUAAUAACCAUGACUUCUUCUAAAACAGUUCAGAAUGUAAAGAUGUUCUUCGAGAAUUCGAGAAUUAAAACUAAAUCCACAGCAAUAUAGGCUAUGCUUACUAAUGCUGCAAGCGCACUUACUCUAUUGAUGUCCCUUAAUGAGCAAGAGUAGGGAUUAUUUUCAUAACCAACUCAAACUUAUAUCCACAAAAUGCCAGAGCACUAGUAAUGCACCAUUUCAUACCACUCUUCUGCCUGAUAUAGACACCCCCCAAAUCAUUAUCUCUCGAAAUGGAUGCAGGAGCAAAACUAUCAUUUAGUUAUAUGCGCCACAAAAGUGUUUGCAAAACGAUUUUUGAGAGUUAUGACCUGUCUCCAUUUUUUUUUAAAUAUUUGGAUUCGGGCAUGGCUGUAAUGCAAAUAGUAGAACAAAGUGUUUGAUUUUACAGUUAAAGGAGACCCCCACUUAAUAUUGUCAAAUGUAUUAAGUUGCGCACAUCACGUGUUUUGCCAGAGUAAACUGUAUUUUGAACGUGGGGGAAAUGAUGGGUCAUCAUUCUUUUAAUGAUAAAGCAGCAGUAUUAAUAAGACGUCCCUAUAAAUGUCCCUCAACACUUAAAGCAUUAAAGUGCCUGUACAGCGCAAAUGUGUUAUUAACGGUUACUGAAGUCUAUACACCAUGGGGGAACACGCUUAGAAUUUACAAAAUAAGUCUUAUAAUUGUUCAUUUCACUUGAGGGAAAAAAACACAAGUAGAGGCAGUAUUCUUGUAAAUAUAGGUCAAUUCAUUUCAAGGACUUUUUCUUUAUACAACGUAUAUGUGAUUAAGAAUAAAACUGUGGUUGCCAAUUUUUUCGGUAAUACAAAUGUCUUCAAAUGAGUGACAGACUUAGCUAGUAGCACUGAAAGUUCUGGUUGUAAUGUACAUACAUAUAAAGACAAAUGUUUUUUUUUUUUUUCUUCCUUUCUUUUUCAUGUAUUUAGACUGUGAAUGCAUGGCCACAGGUCGCUAACCUAUUUUACCUUUGAUAUAUAUAUAUAUAAAUGUAAAUGUUUUUGACUGUAUAGAUAUAAUCUGUGCAUUCAGUACACUAGCCCUUGUAUUUAAAAAGACAAAAAAAUGGAAAAAAAAAACGUUCGACGAUAGGUUGACACUUAACAGGGUGAGCUGGUUUGGAAAGGGGUGGCUAUUUUGACUUGGUGUUCUGCUCCUUUUCGGUCUGUAACAGAUGCCUUGUGUGUGUAUGUGUGAAAGCUUGCAAUUUCGUCCUUGUUUUGAGGCUUUUCUUCAACACACAAGACACCAUGUUGUGAUUGGAUAAAAAGGGAUCAUAUUGUGUAGUUGAUUGAACAGUUAUUUGGGCUGUUCUCUGCCACAUAUGGACCAGUGAAUGAUACAUGAUUGUAAUUAUGAACAGUUUAAACUGACCCACGUUUUUAUAUAAAUAUAUAAAAUAUAUUACUGCAGGGUAUUGAUAACGUAUAGAUACUUUUUUAUUAUUAUUGAUUAUUAUUAAUUGCAAGUGAUAUACGUGAGUGUGUGUGGAAGUUUAUAGUUGAAAACAAUUCUUGUUUGUUUGUGUUAGCUUAUUGUAAACAAGCAUUCUGCUGUAAAUUUGUUCUUGGUAUUAAAUUAUAAUUUAUGAAUUUGAAAUCAAAA